AUGGCGAACAUUAAAAAUCUGGACAAAUCUGGUGGUAUUCCAGAUUACGAGGACUUAGACCUGGCUUUCGAUGAUCUUCUGGAAUCUGAAAACGAUCCUACAAUCUUUCGUAAACCGACUCCGAGUUCGAUCGAAAACGACGGUGAAUUGACUGGGAGCAAGCAGAGAAAAGACAGUCUGCCUGACGAAUCAUCGCAUGAUUACAUAUUGGGAACUCUAGUUGUCCGCGUAGUAGCCGCACGAGACUUAGAGCCUGCUAGCAAGCAUAGUUUGGGCAAGAUGAUUUUUGGAGGAGCGCACCAUUCGAGAAACAAGGGAUCAGCCAACCCGUAUGCAUCCGUGCGCUUCGGCAGUACGACUCAGAGAACUUCGGAGGUUUUUGAUACCGUGAACCCAAUUUGGCCGAGAUCGGAAACAAUGUACAUGGAUGUCUCUCAUCCUAGAAUUCCGGAUCACGCUACACAACAGCCAAAAUCGGGUACAGUCCCGUCAAUUGUCGCGACAACGGAAAGUUCAACGCAGAUCUAUGAACAGCCCGGUAACCCCCCUCAAAAGCCAAAAGCGUCCACAAGCUUAGCGACGCAUAGCAUUUUUGAAAAAGAACAAGUCGAAUCUAUGCUAGAAAUGAAUGAAGCAAAAGAUCUUUACAAACCAUCUCGGCCUAUUUUAACGGUUGCUAUCUUCCACGCCAAUGAAAUAGGUACUUUGAAGAAGUACAACCCAUCGAAAGGCGAUAGCGAUGAUCUCUUUUUAGGAAUGGUUGCAAUUGAUUUGACGCCAGUAUUGACUGGGAAAACAACUAUAUUUGACCAGUGGUUGCCUCUAACAGGCACUGAAAGUACCCGUACUACGGUGCGAAUUGUCUGUGAGUAUGAAGCGAGCGAUACCGCGCCCCAGUCACUAGAUUGGGUUCAUUUUACUAGAUUUUGUGAUCCCGCCGAUUUUUACCCGGCUCAUGGUGAUCGCUUGUAUAAAGUGGAAAGUUGUGACGGUGACAAUGUCACAUUGUCAUGGACGAGUUCGGAAGGUUGGGUGUCAUCGUUUGUGGUACAUCGCAACAUGUUGGUGUGCGCCGCACGGCAUCAAGGGCCUAUAGAAUUUUAUCAAGACGAGAUUCAGUCAAUUGCAGAGAGAUUGGGUCACUCUCCGAUGGUUGACACUGUUCAAGAGACUCUCCGUACGCUUCCCGACGAAGGAUUAGUAUCAGUUAGUGUCGACAUAUUCCGAGGUGGAACGUCGCUCCUUAACCGAUGGCUCGAUCAAGGUGUUCGUACGAUCAUUGACGACAUCAAAUUCGCGACAAAUAUCGAUGGACGACACAAUCCUAAUUUUGAAGACAGCUUAGCUACCGAUACGCUUGAUGAAGCCAGCGAUUCCAUAUCCCAGGCAGCAUUUGCUAGACACUCGGUGGAAAAGUCCGAAGUCGAGUCUGCUAUGGGAACAAACUUACAGCCCCUUCCCAAUAUGCCAGCGUGUCCCAUCACAGGGGAGCCCAUGAUUGAUCCCGUCGUUGCCGCCGAUGGCCACACAUAUGAGCGCUUUGCCAUAGCACGCUGGCUUCAUGAGAGCGACAAAAGUCCGCUGACGGGCUCAAUCUUACCACACAAAAGUCUUGUUCCGAACUACAUGCUGGUGUCAAGCCUUCAAGAAUGUGCCGUAAUUUCUGUCGAGGAGGAUCUACCAGUUGGUAACGACGACGGACCACUGGUAGAAGUAGUACGGGAUGUGUAGGGAUUCAGCACCUCCGUCCUUUCGUUUAUCUCUUGCCCUUGAGUCUUUCGAAAGUAUAAGUUGUAUAGCUGAGGUCUGCAUCUUGGUGAUUACUCUUCGAUACUUCCUUAAAUUUGUUGUCCCAUCGAUAAUUUGCCGGAAAGCGGGCCAGGUCUAGAGCUGGUUGCCCGUCUGCAGUUGUAACUGCUAUGUCGGUGUUCAAUACAGUCAAACAUAGUGUCAUGCACGAUGGAUGCAAC